AUGACUACUGGUCCAGUUAACGGCUUAGAUGGCCUUGAAGCCAAAUUCAACAGUGGUAUGAAACUCAAUCCCGAAAGACCCGCUUACAUCCCUCCUCACUUGAGAAGCCGAGGACCUGGACCUGCUGCAGCUCCUGGACCCCAGUUCUCUGAUGCUGUACCCGCUGGUCCGGGUUACCAUCAAUCUCCCACUGGACUUCCUACUCCUGCCACCACUCCACCUCAACAAGCCAGAGCUUCUUACGCUCCUCCCGCUGCCCGAGGUCCCGCUUUCCCUCCUGCUGCUGCUCCCAGAGCCGCUGAGGAUGGUGGCUGGGGUGCAGCUCCUCGAAGAUCAGGUCCUCCUGAACCUAGAUCUUUCGGUGGCGGCGCUCCAGGCUUCGGUAGUUGGAAGAAUGGCGAGCACAUUGUUGGUGCUCGAAACCCUAGAUUAGAGAAAGAGUUGUUCGGUGAGGCAGGUGAUGGAAUGCACCAAGCUUCCGGUAUCAACUUUGACAAAUACGCCGAUAUUCCUGUCGAGGCUACUGGUGAAGGUGUACCCGAACCCGUUACCGAAUUCACCACUCCUCCUAUCGAUCCUGUCCUUCUCGAGAACAUUCACUACGCUCGAUACACCACCCCUACUCCUGUUCAAAAGAUGUCUCUCCCUAUCGUCGCCGGUGGUCGAGAUUUGAUGGCUUGUGCUCAAACUGGUUCAGGAAAAACCGGUGGUUUCCUUUUCCCUAUUCUCUCCGCCAUGUUCACCUAUGGUCCUGUCGCUCCUCCUCAGGACGCCAACUACGGCGGUUACAACAGUCGACGAAAGGCCUACCCCACUGCGCUCAUUCUUGCUCCCACCCGAGAAUUGGUCUCUCAAAUUCACGAUGAAGCUAGAAAAUUCGCUUAUCGAUCAUGGGCUCGACCUGCUGUUGUUUACGGAGGUGCCGAUAUCGGUCAACAAAUCAGAGCUCUUGACAGAGGAUGUGAUAUCCUCUCCGCUACCCCAGGUCGACUUGUCGACUUGAUCGAGCGAGGCAGAAUCUCACUCGCCAACGUCAAGUACCUUGUUCUCGACGAGGCUGAUCGAAUGCUUGAUAUGGGUUUCGAACCCCAAAUCAGACAAAUCGUCGAAGGUGAAGAUAUGCCCGGUGUCAUGGACAGACAAACCCUCAUGUUUUCAGCCACUUUCCCCAAGGAAAUUCAGAUGCUUGCCAGAUCUUUCUUGAAGGACUACGUCUUCCUUUCCGUUGGUCGGGUUGGUUCUACCUCUGAAAACAUUACUCAACGAAUCGAAUACGUUGAUGACGCCGACAAGAAAUCCUUACUCCUUGAUCUAUUGCUCGCCGAACAAUCAGGUGGUUUAGUCCUCGUCUUUGUCGAGACCAAACGAAUGGCAGACAACCUCUGUGAUUUCCUUUGUGCUCAACGACACAACGCUACCUCUAUUCACGGUGAUCGAACUCAACGAGAAAGAGAGGCAGCCCUUCACGCUUUCAGAACCGGUAGAGCUCCCAUCCUCGUUGCUACUGCUGUCGCUGCUCGAGGUCUCGAUAUCCCCAACGUCACUCAUGUCAUCCUUUAUGACCUCCCUACCGAUGUCGCUGAAUACACUCACCGAAUUGGUCGAACUGGUCGAGCCGGUAACACCGGUACAUCCACUGCUUUCUUCAACCGUGGCAACUUGAACUUGGCUAGAGACUUGAUCGACCUUCUCAAGGAAGCUCAUCAAGUCAUCCCACAAUGGCUUAUUGACGUGUCUUCUGAGCGAUCAUUCGGCUCUUACGGCGGUGGUCGAGGUGGACGAGGCCGAGGUGGCGGUGGUGGUCAAAGAUCAGGAGGACGAGAUGUCAGACAAGAUCGUGGUUUCGGUGCAUCUCGAGGCGGCUCUGGUGCUGGAGGUGGUUACGGAGGCGGUUUCGGUGGUUAUGGUGGCGGAGGUGGUGGUGGUGGAUUCCCCCCUGCCGCCGCAUCUGGCGGUGCCAGUUGGUGGUAA